AUGGCGCGAGUUUAUGAAGUACCAGAAUUAAAAAUUUUAAUACACCUUCCAAUAAGUUCAAUAUCAGCAGAACGUAGAAAAUACAUUCCAACAAACAAUGGUAUAGCUGUCAAUGCUGUCAGCAGUGAGUUUCGCUUUCGACCUAGAGCUACGAUGUGUUGGGAGAAGGCUCUAUCUACGGGUUCACUCGAAAAAGCACAGAACUUGUACAAUUAUGUGCGCGUUGGGCCUGGCACCGCCCGGGUGUCGUGCAGGGGCCCGACUCCCGCGAUGCGUCAUGCGGAGGUGGUGGCGGGGUGGGGCGGAGCGGAGCGGGGUGGGGCGGGGCGCGAGCAGUGCUCCCUCGGGUGGCGCAGCGAGUUGAACGCGCUCCCCGCUGGGGGCCGGUGGCCAGGGGCGUUGUUCGAGGAGAAAGAAGAAGAUAGGAGGAAGCUGAGACUACAAGCUGGUACUACUAAGGUCUGA